AUGCCACUGCUGACUAACUCCCGUGUUUCUGUUGUUUUGCUUGUGCAUGUGCCUGGGGCCUCUGCCGCUUGUGCCGCCUUGUCAGCAGCGGCGGCAGCCAAGGUGGCGACCGGCUUUGUGGGCAGCCGUGUGGGCUACCGGGUGGGCCGGAGAUUGGACCGCGUGGAGGUAGCCCAUGUACGGCAAUACCUGCAGGACAUGCAGGACGCAGCCGCCGCAGGGAUGCGACCGGAGGCGUGUGUGGAGUACGCGUCCAUGUGCGACGCAGGGCCCUUUUCGCCGGAGGUGGCGGCCGCUGUGGGCCGCCAGCCAGUCCGCCCGGGUGAGAUCACUAAGGCCGCAGCCGACGCUUGCCGCUGCCGACGCGGGUCGGAAAGGGGUAGAAGAAAGGCAGAGCCUAAUUCCAGCGCAGCAAACGGCGGAUCUCGCAACAUCAACACGACUGGAGAGGGUCACGCGUAG